AUGGCAUCAACGCAGUAUCUCACAACAGCUAUCGACUUCUCGUACUUGGCAAGGCUUGACAUGGACGACUGCGAUGGUAAUGAGAACUUGCUCAGAAGCCUGACGAAGAGCUUCAAGUUCGGGCCCUACGCCCUGACUGACUUCCAGCUCAGGGCGAGCGGAGUGGACGGCCAGGUGCUCUUCGACUUUUUCACGAGCUUUGAAGGUCUACAAAGAUUGCGCAUAGGUGCCACUUACACUAUCCAUGAUUUCGACACGAGCUGCUUGCACGGGCACAGGAAGACACUCGAAGAAUUUGCUCUCGUAGGGCAAGAGGGGUCCUUCGGUACUGACAACGGCGGCAUCCGGGCUCUCAUCACUCCGGCCGCCAGGUUCGCAGGAAAUUGUCCACGGAUGGAAGCGCUUGGGCUGAUGCUCCCGAACAUCACUACCAACGCCUCGGACCCAGAAGAGAUGGAGCGAUUCGAUGACACACUCCUCCAGCUCCUAAUGUUGCCAAACCUCCAGCUGCUCAGGAUCUAUAAUUGGCCCGAGUACCAUGGCACUUUCGUCAAAGAUGAAGUGGCACAGAACGUGGCAAGAUUCUUCCCGGCUAUGGAAAACUUCGUGGCGAGUCUUUUCCAGAGAAUGAAGGCUCGUGGAAUCGAGGAUUUUCCGAUCGUGUACUUCGGCGCCGAAACGUGGUCCUACGUCUGUAACAGCGAGCUGGCAUAUCUUACGCCGGGCGUACGCUACCAGUAUAGAAACAGCCGCGUUUACGGCGAGCUGCCGAGCAAGCCUGUGCGAUGGAGCCAAGAUGAGCUCGAGGCGGCCUUCCCGGAUUGUGUGCUGGCAACCUUCAUGAGCUGA